AACUAAAUCGUUGAUCAUAGAGGUAGAAGAGCUGGAAUCUUUGCCGCGCUUUGACAGCAAACUUUUGACGUCAUGUUGGUAUUACUGUCAAAUGGUCAAACUUCCGGUUUGAGAAAACGCAGCAUUUUGUUGAGUUUUUAGAGAAACUUGCAGCUAUUACGCCUUUUCUACAACAAAAUGGAUUGGCAAUUAACGUGUCGGGUGUGUCUAGAAACUGGGGACAUGGUUUCCCUCUUUGAUUGGGACGAAAAUAACGAACAACUUGGCGACAAGUACACCUUCUGUUGCGGCGUGGAGGUGAAUAAAAACGAUAGUUUGCCAACGCUAAUAUGCUUGAAUUGCGUCGAUCGGCUAACUUACGCGUAUCAAUUCAAGCAGCAGUGUAUAACUUCUAACGAUACACUCAAAGAAUGUUUGGAAGAAUUCAAAAAGUCUUCUGAAGCCGUGUCUGGAGGGAGCUCUGCCAAUGUACCAACGGAGACAGAAACAAUCACAAUAAAGCAGGAGAAUGGUCUGCUCCUCCAAUAUGAGUUGCCAGUUGAGCAUGACCCUCAAGGUCAAUGGACUCGCACACUGGUGAAAACUCCCAGCAGUGCCGUUGUUACUAAGGCUCCGGGGCCCAGGAAGAGAGGACGGCCUAGGAAAUAUCCUAAUGAACAGGGGCAGAUUGAACUCUCACCAUACCAACGCAAGAAGCCUAAGAACCAAGAGAAGGAACCGGAAGCCCUGACCACACUCCUGGCUGCUGGCUCCCUGGACCUCAAGCAAGAGCCCAUUGACAAUGAGGACGAUGCUUUCGGUCAUGAGGGUGAGGGUCAUCAGUUUAGCAUUGAAUUCGGCAGUGCUGAUGACGAUCCUGAUUUUGAGCCAGCUGGAGAGGAACAGGAAUCUGAACCAGAAACUAAGGAAUUGAACCCGCCGCCCCGCAAGCGCGGCCGACCACGCAAGUCCUUGCAAGACAAGCCAGCAAAAUCCAAACCUAAGAAAGAAGACGGUGAAGAUGUGCUACUCAAGGAAACUAUCCUGGCAUUCUCCGAGCCCAUCCCGGAACAUAUACUCAAUCCAAAGCCUAAGAAGAAGUAUCAGAAUAAGAAGAAAUAUAUUUAUGAGAAGACGCACACAUGUGAGACUUGCGGUGCGUCGUUUACAUCAAAUGCUUCUCUACAGGCGCAUAUUCGACGCCAUCUUGGAAUCAAACCGUUUGUUUGCAGCGUGUGCGGGUACGCGUGCGUUCUGAACAUGGAGUUGCGGCGGCACAUGAUGCGUCACACGGGCGUCAGGCCUUACAAGUGUCGCGUCUGUGAUCGACGCUUCGGAGACUUUGGAAGUCGUCAGAAACAUGAGAGGUUACACAUGGGUGUCCGUCCGUACCAGUGCUCGUUGUGCGGAAAAUCCUUCACGUACUCUUACGUGCUCGCCAACCAUAUGCUCACUCACACCGGGGAGAAGAAAUACUCUUGCGGCCCCUGCAACAAGAAAUUCACGAAAGCCCACCACCUAAAGUACCACAACAAGGUGCAUCACAAGGAGCUGUACAUCCAACAGCAGCUUGAACUGGAAGCUAAGAAGAUGCGCCAACAGAUCAACGUGUCCGGCCUGUCCGGGGUCAUCUCCGGACAGAUUGUGGAUGGCACUCUGCAGCUUAUACAUACUGGAUCUGAAGAUGGUGGUGAAGAAACACAAAUGCAGGUAGUGGAGGAAACUGAAGAUGGAGGGAAUGAUUCCGAGAAAGAGACUGAUCGCGCCGUCGCCGGCAUGCAAGCGGUUGUGUUAGAUGCUGAAUUCUGCAUGGACGACGAAGUGAAAGCGGAGUGAAAUAACCAUAGGUAAUAUUAAUUAAAAACUUAGAAUAAUAAACACAAUUAUUAAAAUCAAAAACAUUUUUUCUGUUUAUUCAACAUAAUAUAAACAUGACGACUUCUCUAUGUAUAAGGAUGUUAUUAAGUCCACGUGAAUGACCAAAAUAUCGAUAUUUGCGUUUCACAUCACUAUUUAUCGAUGUUAGAAACGUCUAGAUGUUAUCGAUUAAUGUCGAUCGUGAGGGUUUAAUAUUACCCUAUUAAUGUUUAACUGUUAGAAAACCAUAAUACUAAUAUUCCUACAAGGAAUAAAAAGUACUUUAGGUAUAAAAUAAUAAAACCUAUGGCAUAAUUAUGUCGAAAAAAAAAGUGUGUAUUUAAAUCUUUAAACCGGAUGUAAAACAAAAAUGUGUAUAGUAAUGUUUAGACUGUGCAAGUUAUCAUCUCAUGAUAUUAAAUUAAUAUUUCAAAAUGUACAAAUAAUCUCUAUUUAAAAAUUAGAUUUCGGGCGAGAUGUAUGUGAUAUCUAUUUUGGAAUAGAGAUUCAUAUUUCAUGUUCAUUUGCAUAAAAACCGAAUUAUGUAAAAGUUUAAAAUUUUAUGAUAGAUAGAUAGAUAUCUACAUCUGUAGAUUUAUCCAUAAAAUCCAUGAAAUAUUUCUGAUUAUUAUUUCGAUGAAAUUAGCCAAACACAAAAUAUGUAGUCUUGUCCAAUAAGUAUGUAAGUUGUUAAAUUCGAUAUGUGUAGGUUUCUAUAUAAUAGAAUCAAAACUAUUCAAUUCAUGUUUUCUACCCACUCUUUAAUAUAAAUAAUUCAAACAGUAAGAGCACUAGUAUUAAUAUGAAGUAAAAAAUAGUAAUAGUUUACUAAUGAAAUAGAGAAGAUGUAAUAAGGUUCAGUUUACUUUUCAAGCUGAAUACUAAAACUGAAGCCAAACCUUGAAUUUUAAUAUAUAUUCUGAUUUCUACAACAUUCAUAAUUUAAAAUUCUUUGAAGUAUAGUAAACUUAUUAUGAUUUUGUAGUAAAAAAUAAAAUAAACUGUAAAAUAAAGAAGACUCGGAAUAUUAUUGUAAAUAGUAACUUUAAUGAUCACUUCAUCAGCGUUAUUUUAUAUUUACUUAUUUUUAGGUACCUAUUAGGAACUAAGAUACCGGCCUUUUCAUACUAUGUGUCUCUGGUGAUAUAACAAGAAAUGCGAAAAUGACGUUUAGGCUAAUUAUUGGUAUUUUUAAUAGAAAUGCCACGAACAGUUAUUUGGCUGAAUACCGAAUAUUAAACGAAGCCGCGGUGCCGAAUAUUCAGGUAUCUAAAGUCCCUAAAAAUGGGGACAGAACAUUAUUUUUUAAGAUUUAUUUAUCAUUUCCUGGUAGUAGUAGGUAUAAAGGUUGUUUUGGAAAUAGGUAAUAUCCAAUUGUUGGCUAUCGAUAAAUGUUUUCAUUUAUCAAAACCGUAACUACAUCUUAUUAACACAUCUUAUUUAAAACGGACCUCUGGUUGAUUUUAAAUAUUAGUAUGUUAAUUUUAAUUUUUUGUUAAUUGAAUAUCUUUGCUAGUAAUCUUUCGAAUAAUUUUUUCAUAAUUUACUAUUCGGUAUGCGGCAGAACAGUUUACAACAUUCGUGACAUCUCUAAUAUUUACCGUCUUGUAUAUUUGUUCGCCUCAAUAUCUAUAUUAACACUAGUUUCUGUCCUUAGAUGACAAUGUAUAUGUUUAAUUACUAGUUGAUUUUUAUUAAUUAAUUUAUAAUGUAAGUGAGCAAGAGAAGCUAUGUAAUGUGACAUGGUUUUAGUAUAAUAUGUUAAAAACAUAAUAUGUUGAUGCUAUUACAAUUCGUUCGAAAUGGAUUCUAGGAUUAUAUGAAUAAAGAUCAUGGAACAUGA